AUGAAUGAUUAUAAACAAAUAAUUAAUUUGAAGCGAAAACUUUUUCUUAAAUACCUGCUUGAUUGCAACAAAACCGUGUUAAAUGCCUGGAGCAGGAAAUACGCUUUCAUUAGAAAUUUUUUGAGUGAGAAGGCUCUCAAUGGAGUUUUGCAACCCAUGUCAAAAGAUUGCGUGCUUCGCACUUGA